UGGUGAACAUGGUACGGCCCCAACACACAUGCCCGCCUCCUUGCCUACCAGAAAUACUGACUCGUACCGCACACCUCCUUAAAAGGACUCCUACGCAAACUUGACCCGCGAGCAGACGGGGAAAGACGCAACCCCAGAAACCGCUGCCAAAACAGCAGCCGGUCGAUCCCCUCUGUUGUCUUUAUAGAUUUAUAGGCAUCGUCUGAGAAGGGAUGGCGGGACGUGGUUUCAUGCAGUGGGCAGCGAAUUGCCGUACUGUCCGGUUGGAUGUCGGGUUGGCGACCAGCGAAAUCAUCGUACUGGGGCAGACCCUGUGUACGGACCUCAGUAGUUUCUCUCCCACCGAGGCUGAGGCCUUCUACAUUGUUGUUGGCGACAGUGGACGAGAAUUGACCCUUGACCUUUCAAAGACGGCACCUGUCAGUUUGGCGAGCAUCACCCCGGAGGGUACGGUGACGUUUCACACCGUGGUUGGCCACGAAGGUGACAUCACAGUCAGCACGAAGAAUGAGUCAUCCGACAACGGCGGAGUCACCAAGAUGGUGGCCUACAUUUCUGUCGCCACUCACAGCUCCACGAUCGAUGACAAGGAGGUCAACUUUCUGUUCGUGGACAAGACUGGAGACACUAUCGGCGUGGCCACACUGCGCAUGACAGCCUUUUACCUGUCCCUUGACGUGGACUGUGACAGAGAUGGGGUCGUGGAGAACAACAACCCAAAUAAGGGUUCUUGGCAGUGGGGUCCUGACGGACAUGGCGCCAUCCUGCUGGUCAAUAACGAUUGUGACGACUACCAGCUGGAGAUGGACCCGGAGAACAAGAACAGCAAGAUAGACGGACCCUUCGACCUUGAGGACAUGAGUAGGAUGGUGCUGCGCGUCAGGGGCCCGGAGUCGCUUCCCGAGGACUGUGUACUGCGCAUGUGGGUCCGGCCUGACGACAAGGAACGUCUGGGGAUCUUCAACCUCAGCGACAUACAGAAGCUAAGGGCAGGAGGAGUAGUGUUGGGUGAUGACAUAUAUAACAAACACAUCAUCGGGCCGAAGGCGGGUCACCUGGAGACGAUUUCCUACGGCCUGAUGAUGAACGGAGACAAGGGAGAGACGCUGUUCGCAGUGGAGGGGCUGAAAUAUCCGGACAGGGGCUUCGACGGUACCUUAAGGAUUCACCUCAGUCUUCUCAAGAACGUCUCAGUCCCAGUGUUUGAGGACACUGUGAUGUUCCGACUGGCACCGUGGAUCAUGACUCCCAACACCCUGGAGCCCCUGGAAGCCUUCACCUGCCGGAUGAAGGGGAGCGAAAACCUGGACUUCAUCCACGACCUGAAGUUAGUCGCGGAAGCCGCCGGCAUCAAGCUGAACAUCGUGCCGCCAUACGAGAACAGGGGAGACCGCUGGAUGCAGGAUGAGAUCGAGCUCGGCUACUCGGAACUUCCCGGAAAAAAGCCGAUGCCCGUCGUCCUGGACUCACCACGUGACCGCGGCCUGCAGAAAUUCCCCAAGGGGAAGUUGCUGGGCCAAGAUUUCGGGUACGUCACCAGGUAUGACCAGAACGAGUUCGUGAACUCUCUCGACUCCUUCGGUAACCUUGAGGUCAGCCCUCCUGUCAAGGUCAACGGCAGGACGUACCCCAUGGGGAGGAUCCUGCUGGGCUCCGCCUUUCCUACUACCAAGUACGGCCGCCGGAUGAUGCGCGUGGUGCGGGACUUCCUGUACGCCCAGCAGGUCCAGCCCCCGGUGGAGCUGUUCUCUGAUUGGCUGGGAGUCGGCCAUAUUGAUGAGUUCAUGUCCUUCGUCCCAGCGGCUGGCGGAAAGGGCUUCCGCCUCCUAUUGGCCAGUCCCGCCGCCUGUUACCAACUACUGCGCAAGCUCAACGAUGACGGCCAUGGUGACGUCAUGUGUUUUGAAGGGAGGACCAGGGAGGGCGCAAGCGCAGAGAGGAGCAUCAGUGACCUUCUCGAGGAUUCGAAUCUCAAGGCCGAAAAUCUCCAGUGCCAGAACGACAUCGACUGGAACCGAGACGUGAUGAAACGGGAGCUGGGAUUGGACGAAGGUGACAUCAUUGAUCUCCCACAACUGUUCCAGCUUGAGAGUGGUGAAGCAGGAGCGUACUUUCCCGACAUGGUGAACAUGAUCGUCCUCGGCAAGCAGCUCGGCAUCCCGAAGCCGUUCGGGCCGACGAUCGGCGGCGAGUGCGCGUUCGAGGCGAAGGUUCGGUCCCAGCUGGAGCCUCUCGGUCUGACCUGCAACUUCGUCAACGACUGGGACUCUUACCACCUCAUGCUGGGCGAGGUGCACUGUGGGAGCAACACUCGGCGAAAACCGUUUAAGUUCAAAUGGUGGGAUAUGAAGUUCUAGGGCCAGAAUAGCAAGCAAUGUAGAUGCAUCUUAUGACAGGAUAAUGCAGUA